UCCGUACAGUCAACAUUUUAGUCUACCCAUCUUCAACAAAGCCACUGAUCCGCCAAGUCUCCGUCUUUUAUCUUCAAAAUCCCUAGUUUUGUUGUUUCCGACCGAAUCCUUUGUUUCUUUCUUCAUCGUCUCGAGAGAUGAAGAACACAUCGUCACCGUCAGAGAAUCUUCUCAUUGAAGAGAGAGAGGAAGUCAUGGUUUCUAAGAAAGGUUGUUCCUUGAGCAAAACCCAGUUUCUAAAACCCUUCGUUACCUCCAUCGAUGGCUGCUCUGUAGCUGAGCUUCCCCGUCGUCAACAAGAACAACGUCUCUCUGUUUCAUCUCCGCGGAUUUCCUUCUCUGGGGUUAGGUUUGCACAGCCUCUCUUUGUUUCCUGGCUUGAAAAGUUGGAAGCUUUACACGCACCCACUUGGAGAAAAGCUGGGAUCUUUGAAGCAAUCAAGGCAUCUAAAUACAAUAUCGAGGUAAACCCAUCUAUGAUUCUCCCCAUUGUUGAGAAAUGGUGCCCUGAAACCAAAUCUUUCGUCUUCCCGUGGGGUGAAGCAACGAUAACGCUAGAAGAUGUGAUGGUGCUUUUAGAGUUUUCUGUUUUAGGUUCUUCUGUUAAUGCACCUUUAGAAAGCUCAGAGAUGGUAGAUUCCGUUAAGGAAAUGGAGAAAGCAAGAGUUGAGAAUAGAAGCAAGGAUCAAAGCGUGAGACAAGGAUCAUGGAUACGGAGCUUCUUUGGUAGAGGUGGUCACUUGGAACAUGAAGCUUUUCUUGCAUUGUGGCUUUCGCAUUUCGUUUUUCCAGUUAAAUCAGGUUCUAUCCCUGUAAACAAUCUCCCAAUCGCUGUUCGUUUAGCUAGAGGUGAAAGGAUUGCUCUUGCCCCUGCUGUUCUUGCUAGCCUAUACAAAGACUUGGGUGAAAUAUCCAGAGGUAAGUCCACUAAAAGAGGUAAACUCCCCUCUCUGUUUAAGCUAGUCAAAGUUUGGGUGUGGGAGAGAUUUAAGAACUUGAGACCAGAAGCGAAAGAGAUACCAAAAGGCGAACCAAGAAUUUCUCGAUGGGAAGGUGUACGACAAAAAGCUGAGAAUGUGAGACUCAGUUUUGAUGAUUUUGAGUGGCGUCCUUACACUAUCCCUUUAAAGAAUUGGAACCCACUCCGGUUUUACCUUGAGGAAGCUAUGUGGGUGACUGUUGAUGACAAACUAGAAGAUGAGUUUGUUUCUUUUGCUCGUUGUGUGAGGAGUUCUAAGCUUGUUGGUAUUGGUUUUGUAGAGGAUUAUUAUCCUAAUCGUGUUGCAAUGCAGUUCGGGCUAGGGCAAGAUCUGCCUGGUUUGGUUGCUCAUCAGAGCAACUUCACAAGAAAUGAAGCUUGGGAUGAUUACAAUAAGUGUCUUGAUGGUUUAAAGCUGUUCAUCCCUUCUCGUCUCUCUACAACUUCUAUUACUGCGAGAUACAGAGACUGGUGGCUGAAAUCAGUUUCAGAGUUUAUGGGUUCUGAAGAGAUGCAGAAAGAGUCAACUGAAACUUUUAAUGCAAGGAAUACAUUUGAUCAUCAUAAGAAGUAUGAUGGUCAUACUGAUGUAUCUCUCAAGGCAUUGCCUUUGAUUCCAGUGGUUCAGAAGUUGCAAGAAGGUUUUACUGUAAAACGCAGAAGAUCUAGGAUGCGUCGGUUAGCAAAGAUAUAUAAGAUAGGGGAGUUGGUGAACAGUGUUGUGUCUUCAGGUUGGAAGAUGGACAAGACAAGUGGGGAUGUGACAAACAAGAGAAGCAGUUACGAAUCUUUGCACAUGAAAACAGCUUGUGGCAAUGGUGAUGAGAGUUCUAUGAAUGAAGAAGAUGUUAACAUGACCAUUUCUCAAAUCAUCAGAUGUGGGAAGAAGUAUAGUGAUGCAGAUAAACCAGGAGGAGAUGCUACUGAAUCACUCGGAAAAAGAAGUAGAAGAUAUCUGGUGGCGGACAGUUAUGAUGAUUUAGGGCCUUGUCAAAAGAAUGCUUUGAAAAAACUAGAACAAAGGAGUGAAGAGGAUGAUGAAACUGGAAAACAACCAGAAAUGACAAGGCAAAGAUGUGAUGAUGUAAAUGGAAGUAAUGCAGAAAAGAAGACUAUGAUUGAUGACAUAACGAAGGAAGCAGAGUGUUGGCUACACAAAGAUAGAGAAAAACAGAGAUGCAUUGAAAAGCUUUGCAGUGAAGUUAAGAUGGAAAAAGAUAUUGAUGAAAGAUUGAGGCAGAGAAAGCUUGCAAUAAAGGAGUUAGGAGUGAAGCUGGAGGCACGUAUUAUCAAGGUGGAGAAGAGUUUGGCCAAGAUUAGAAAAUGGAAAACCAGACCAAAAAUGCAGUUUCUGCCUAGCUAGUUAUGCCAUUUGAUCUGAAACUUUUCAAGAGUAUCCCCUAAGUGAGUCAUGGAUAUUAAAAAUUAAACAAUGUCCUUUACUCGUAGGCAAAUGACAAAACUUUAUGGUGCUAGUAUUAGAAAGAUAUAUCAAAUGUGGGGAAUCAAUACUUUUGCUUUUGAAUUA